UUGAUGAUCACAGAAACGCGAUCGUAGGAUGAGGGCGAAUCAGGUAUUUUAAAAGAGAAACCUAAUUUAUUUUGUAGAAGAACACCGAGAUGGAAGCACUUGCACAACACGACUUUAACACGACAGAAUCGGAUGAGCUGCCAUUCAAGAAAGGGGAUACACUCAAGAUCCUUUCCAAAGAUCAAGACAAAAACUGGUUCAAAGCAGAGAAUAAUGGCAGAGAAGGAUUUAUUCCUAAAAACUAUGUUGAGAUAAAACCUCAUGAGUGGUUUAUGGGGAAAUUAACGCGAAAAGAUGCUGAAUCAAAAUUACUCAACCAGCCACAUGAUGGUGCUUUUCUAAUUCGAGAGAGUGAGAGUACUCCUGGUGAUUUCUCCUUAUCUGUCGUGCAUAACAAAAACGUACAGCAUUUCAAAGUUUUGCGAGAUGGCGCAGGCAAAUAUUUUUUGUGGGUCGUGAAAUUCAAUUCGCUCAACGAUCUAGUUGAAUACCAUAGAACGUCAUCUGUCAGUAGAUCGCAGGUCAUCUACCUGAAAGAUAUGGUUAGCGGAAUGGAUGGCUCGGCUCAAGACAGCAAACUGCAUCGAAAUGUAUACAGAGCUUCGUUCGACUUUGCUGCGCAGGAUGAUGAAGAAAUAUCUUUUCGUCGUGGUGAUAUAAUAAACGUGACACAAAAGUAUAACGAAAACUGGUGGAUCGGAACAGUUAACGGCCGAACUGGAAUGUUUCCUGCCUCCUAUGUCACUCAGGUGGAUAAACAGUAACUGUGAAUUGGAACCCGGUUGAUGGGAGCAAAAGCCGAUUUUCACGAAACCGAACACCAACAGUAGCCUAUACAUUGAAACUUUGCCUAAAAUUAUGUAUGCGAGAAGAUACGUCACUUUCAGGUAAUUUUCCCCUUUGUAAUAUUUUGAUUUGUUCUUGGCCGAAUGUAUAAAAGGACCUGGCCUUUAAUAUUUUGAUCUGCAAUAAUCACGCGUUAUUAUUUUGUGUCAUGUGUUAUUUGAGUUUGAAAAUUCUGCUAUAAUUAUUUGUAAUAACUAAGUUGACUGUUUUGCCGCAAUAAAUUAGAUUUAUCGUUGUUAUCUAGCGUAAGCCGCUUAUUAGAUAUCUAAACAAAUCUUUUGCAAUAAAA